AUGCCAGCAGAUCUGGAGAAAGUCGAGCUGGGGCCAUCGGAACCUCCGACGGAGCGCGAUUCAGCUGCACGGGCCAGUGGAUGCGCUCCUUCGAACGACCUGCCCCCUUGGGAGCUGAUUCAGAUAGGAUGGGAAGGUUCCAAUGACAGAGCGUCUUGUCAAAGCGAUCGUGAAUCUGCCAGCCAUUCCCGAUCUUGGUACGACAGUUCGCCCACAGGCCGGAACUCCCAUCGCGGGACAUCCUCGGGGCUUGAGCAACUCGCCGAUGCCCGAUCGAAGCUUGCCGAAGCCGAGAGGGCAUUGUGCGACGAGUGGGGCUUUUGCAAGACAUUGCGAGAGAGACAUGACCUCGAUGUGGAGAAGCUGGAGAAGCUGGAGGCAGAACUUACCUCGGAGCGUGAGAGGCGGAUUUCGGCGGAGGCGGACCGCGCCUCGGAAUGGCGAAAGCGAUACUCAGCAGAGGAGAGCCACCUGCUCGAUAAGAGGAAGCUUGAGAAGCUUGAGGCAGACAUGGCAACCGCUGAGGCUGGGCUCGCUGCCGAGAGUGAGAAACGGCUGUGGGCAGAGAAGUGCCUUGAGGCCAACAAGAAGAAGAUCCUGGCUCUUCAGGCUGACCUAGCUUCCGAGCGUGCGCAGCGGAUCUCUGCAGAGAUGAGCCGUGAUCUUGAGAGGAAGAAGCUGGAGAAUCUCGAGGCUGACCUGGAUAUGGAGCUUGCCAAGCGCCUAUCUGCUGAGGAGCAGCUGUCCAGGUUGCGGGAGCAGAGGCCAUCUGCUUGUCAUGGUGCUUUUUGGCAGUAUGAGCAGGAUGGCCACUGGUAUGCCUUUACACCAGAGGGAAGUGAGCAGAUGAACCGAGCUUACCUGGCUUACAUCCAUGACGCACAGAGCUGCCGAAGCGAAACAAUCGUAGCUGGGGGAGUUGCGCGUGUGGUUGACUUUGAACAAAUGACGCAGCAGCAUGCUAAGACAAUGAAGCUGCGGAACAUCCGCCUCUGGACUGGAGUACCAGCACACUGGGAGAGCGACCCGGCAGUUCUGCUCACGCAAGGUGGCUACGUAGCGUCCCUUUAUGUCGAGGUGACGGAUUCCAAAAUCUUAGAAUGGGUCGAGUACAUUCUAAGACACACGGGCCACGCAUCCGACAAGUCAAGUGACUGUUCUCGUAUGGAGAAUGCGAAGGUGGUGUCGGUCCAUCGAAUUGAGAACUUCCGCCUGUGGCAUCGGUACCAGGCGAGGCUUGCCGCGAUGAGGGAAGACCACGCAAAGUACAACGUCUCUGUGCAGGGUACUUCCCUCGACCUCGACGGGCGCCAUGGAGCGAUGAGUCAAAGUCAGUCUGCCUUGGACUGCGGAGUACCCUUGGCCUCGGAUGUGGACGAGAAGAUCCUAUUGCAUGGCACCUCCUGGGAGAAUGCGGAUGCCAUCGUCAUGGACGGCUUCGAUCACAGGACCUGCAAUCGUGCCAUGUAUGGAGAAGGGGUCUACUUUGCUGGUGCCGCGUGCAAGUCCCAUCAAUACACCUGCAGUGCUCACACGGGCAAGGCUUGCAAAUGCAAGCAGGAGAGGACCUUGAUUAUCGCCCGCGUGGCGCUUGGCGAUGCCUUUGUUGCAUCUCAAACUCGGCAAGGCACGCGGAGGCCUCCUAACCGAACCGCAGCGACGGGUACUCACCAUUCAGUGGUGGUGAAUCCGGGACCCAUCAGUGGGCAUCACAAUCCCACACAAGUUCACCAGGAGUUUGUGAUUUUCGACCGGGAGCAGGCGUACCCAUCUUUCGUGGUCCAGUAUGAGGAUUCGCGCAUGGACGUGCCGUGCGCCACGGAGGACAACUGGUACAUGAUCCAGGGCAUGCAGGCCCUCGAAGAUCUGUCGUGGCUGGAGGGCGAGAAGGUGCCUGUGGCGAAGCCUUUGGGUGUGUUCAUCGCCGGCGACCUCACAGCCUUCGGUUCGCGCAACCAGUUCAAUCUCUACAGGAAGCUCUGGGAGACAAGGGAGGAUGAGAGCUCGAACAAGAACAACAAGCUGCCCAUCUGGCCGGGACUUGGCAACCACGACUACGCCAACAACAUCGAGGGCUGCAUGACACUCCUGGAGGAGCCCACCUGGGUGCCCUAUGCCAUGAACGGCUGUGCUCAGCGAAUGCUGACCUACAUCCGCGCGGCAGUCGCCAAGUGUGGGGGUGAGACAGUGGUGAAAAACUUUGGCGGCUACGUGGACCACUAUCACAAGGACUCGGCAGCGUACACCGUCCGCUAUGGCCGCAUCCGCUUCGUGCAUUUGCACAACUACCCAACCUUCCGGCGCUCUCAGCUGACGGGCAUGUCCUCCACCAUCGGCUUCUUGAAAGAUGAGGUGGCUGAGGCUAACAGGACCGAAGACUACCUUGUGCUCGUCAUGCAUGACAUGGGCCAGCAUUUCAGCCCUGCGGAACACGACAGCCAGGUGGAGCGCUACGACUACUUUUCCGAGCUCGUCGAGUUCUCGCGGACGUUGGCAGUCUUUGCCGGUCACCUGCACCCCACGGGCGGCAUGAAGACUGGAACGGUGCGCGACUCCCGACCGCGAACGCACGCCAGCCUGUUCAAUGUCUGGCGCGAGGAGAUCCCGAUCAUCCGCAACUGGGCCUCAUCCGAGCAGCGAUUUGUCGUGACGCAGUGGAACGUUGCCCGAUGCUACUGGCGCUUCGGCUCCGUGAGCGCCCCAGGGAAAGACUCGGCUACAGCCUGGUUUUCCCCGGAGAACGAGGAGCAGCAGCGGGUCUUCACUAUCCCAAGCUGCACCAUCGAUGAGAACUACAGCUGGACGGAGCCCACGAAGGAGCCGGAUGCUGCUGUACUCUCUUUCGCCGCGCCGCGCAAUGCAGUGAUUGCCAUUGCCUUGUUGCCACUGCUGUUGGUCCUGUAG